GCGACUGCAUGUGCGGGCUUGGGUCGGCGAACGGGGCUGGGCGGACGGCGCGGAGCCGAGCCGAACCGGGCGAAGCGGGGCGGCACGGCACGGAGCGGCGCGGCACGGCCGGAGCCGGCGAUCAGCCUCACUCUCCUCUGGGAUUUAUGGAGGUGCUGAGAAACAGAUCUGAGCCUCACAGCUCCCAGCAGCCCACCCUGUGAAUCAGUGCCUGGCCGCCUCAUCUCAGCCCACCCGGCAUCCCAACCCUCCGACUCAACCAUUCAAGGCUCCCGUGCAUGGAUCGCCCCAGCGAGGGACCGCUGCCGGACACCGCCAACACCGCUCCGUAGCCUCCCGACUCCCCGUGCUACCCCCAAGUACUCCACAUACCCCGAUGGGGUAACGUGACGGGGGCCACCCUCCCGCCACCACCACCCCCCACAUGCAGAGGCCUUUCUAGAGCACCGGGAAGCGCACGGCACCGGAGGCAGCAGCCGCUCGCCGUUGCAGACACACCAAGGACACCAACACUACAGCAAAGGGAUUUCUUUUUGUUUUGUUUUUUUAUUAUUAUUAUUAUUAUCAUUAAUAUUAUUUGUUCCCGUCUGGCUUUUCCCCUGGGGGGGCUUGCAGCGUGUCAAGGAAGCCAGCACGCUCCCAGGAGCUGGGAUUAUUUGCACAACGUCUGUAUAUUGAGUUCUCGAGCCCAUUUUAUUGUCAUUUUUUAAGUGCAGAGGGGUUGUUGGUUUUGGUGUUUCCCUCACCUUCACACCACGUUUUUUUUGGGGGUUUUCCCCCACCACUGUCAGCACCACAUCACCCUUCUCCUGUCCCACCAUGGCCCGGAUGAACCGCCCUGCGCCAGUGGAGGUCUGCUACAAAAACAUGAGGUUCCUCAUCACCCACAAUCCCACCAAUGCCACGCUCAACACCUUCUUGGAGGACCUGAAGAAGUAUGGUGCCACCACAGUUGUGCGAGUGUGUGAAGUGACCUAUGACAAGACCCCUCUGGAGAAAGACGGCAUCACUGUCAUGGAUUGGCCAUUCGAUGAUGGAGCACCUCCUCCCAGCAAGAUAGUGGAAGAUUGGCUCAACUUGUUGAAGACAAAGUUCUGCGAAGACCCCGGCUGCUGCGUGGCCGUGCACUGUGUGGCUGGUCUGGGGCGUGCUCCUGUCCUCGUCGCACUGGCCUUGAUUGAAAGCGGGAUGAAGUAUGAAGAUGCUAUCCAGUUCAUCCGACAGAAGCGCAGAGGAGCCAUCAACAGCAAGCAGCUGACGUACUUGGAAAAGUACCGACCAAAGCAGAGACUCCGAUUUAAGGACCCUCAUAACCACAAGAACAAAUGCUGCAUCAUGUAACCUCAAUGACUUCUUGCCAAAAUCUGUGCACACAGACACCCGAGCACUCACACACAUCCCACCUGCUCACCUCCUCGCCCAGCCCCAUGCACCCCGCACACCGCCUCACUGCCAGGGCUGAGGAGGAGGGACACGGAGCACCACCAACAUGUUCCAGCACCCACAGUGUGGUCAUCUUGCUGAAUCCCAAAAAAGGCUGCUCUCUACAGCUGCAGCCCCAAGAAGGAGAGGCAGCACUGCCCUUUGACUCCUGAUGUUAGUAGGCAAUGAGCUCACGUGAUGGUUCUUCAUUGCCUUCCUCAUCCUCCUCCCUCUCCCCUCCUGCCACACUGAGAAGGAUGGGAAGAGGGUGAUUGUAUUAGAGUGGUGCAGGUAGGGCUGUGCCAGCUGAGAAGGGAUGAGGAACAGAAGGGCCAGAUCACCUCCAGAAAAAUCCUCCUCUUCCCUCUAAAUAAGGGCUGCAGCAGCAGGGACAGAGGUGGGGACAGUGCAGUGGCCUCUAGGGGAAGAUGGUGAUAGCAGGAGGGGCUCAUAGCUUGGUUCUGGCCUUGCGGCCAUAGGAAGGGCUGAGCUAAAUCCCCACCCCGAGCACCAUUCCCUUUCUGCUGGCCCCUCUGUUACCUCACCACCUCCCUUUUGCCAUGAUGCUGGCCAAGAUGCUGCAGCUGGGGCUCAUUUGAGGCUUGCUGCAGCAAAACCAGAGGUGCUGGGAAACUUGAGGACCUUGGUGGGGCUUCAAGGCACCCAGCUUUGCCAGGUACGCAGGGUCAACACUGGGGCCUCCAAAAUGUGGGAUGCUCUUAUUUAUAGCUUCCAAAUUCAAUGCACAGGGUGCUGGGUUCUCUCCUGUCAUGUCCCUGUCACUGAGCUUGACAGAAACCCCAAUUCUAGCUGCAAGCCCUGGAGAUGCAUUGUGCAUCUCGGAGCAGGUCCAUGUCCUUCACUGCUGCAUUUGCUGGUUGAAGGUCUGGGGGAUUUCCAGUGCUCCUGGUAAGAGCACAUCGCCAACUUUUUCACUGCCCUUUCCCACAUCUCUAACGUGGCACCUGGCACCCCAAAACCCCCCAACACAUGCCCUAGUGGGUUGGACUUAGAGCUGCCUCUGAGCCAGGACAUUAAACAUCUCUCGACUUUCUGCCUUUGAAUGCUUGCAGCAGUUGGAGCAAUGGGCACGUAGGGGGCACAGGGGUGGUUUUUUCUUUUGAUGAGGGUAAGAAGAAAUUUGCUAAUUAAAGGGGAAAAAAAGAAAUUUAAAAAACCAAUGUCUUCCACCCAUGCUCUGGCCUUUCUUUAUCCCACCACUGCCCAGUGGAGCCUGGGAGGUGACCCAUGGCCCCCCACACUGAUCCUUGGCACUGGGUCACAGCCAGCUGCCAUCCACUGUUACCAAGGCAUACAGGUGGCCCAAGAGAUGCUCCAGUUAUCCUUUGGGCUCGCAGCAGAGCUGCAGAGAAUUGCAGUUGGGGCAAGGAGGGCUAGUCAUCCAGCAUCUUGUGGUUUUAGGCUGCCCAACUUGAGAUGCCUUCAGUGCCCUGUGUUGGGCAUCUCCAAAGGUUUGUGUGCCUUCUGAAAUGUAGACUAUCCAGAGACAUUCACUUCAAAGGGUUGAUCUCUCGGAUAAGGGGUGAGGAAUACUAGCUAGACACCUUCAGUACCUGCUGAAGGGUAGGGGACAGCUUCGUGCCACCACACAUAGGCAGAGGAGAUGUUUGAAGCUGUUUCCAGUGCCACUUCUCUCCUGAUGGGAGCCAGCCUCACCACACAGCAGCUAUGGCCAUCUCAUGGGACAGGCUGUGGUGCCAAGUGAGUUGUGGAGCCUCCACACAUGGCCCAAAAGUUGUCAGACCACACACUUCAGGCUUGUCCAAGCCUCUGCAUUGUAGGACAGCUCUCAGCCCCUUGAGUUCCUCCUGCCCUAUUCCAGGCCAUUGAUUUCUAUAUCUCAUGGGGAAGGCAACAAUGGUCAGAGGGUCACCACUGAUUGAAAAGAGUGAGAAACUGAGCUGCUAAAAAUGUCUGGUCCUGUAUUGCAGCAAUCCCACUGGGCAGGUGAACAUCCUCACCAAGUGUGUUCUGCUGCUAAAAGGUGCUGCAUUGUCCCCAACAGCAGUAGAAGGUAUCACAGUAUCACAGUAUCAUCAGGGUUGGAAGAGACCUCACAGAUCAUCAAGUCCAACCCUUUAUCACAGAGCUCAAGGCUAGACCAUGGCACCAAGUGCCACAUCCAACCUUGCCUUGAACUGCCCCAGGGACGGCGACUCCACCACCUCCCCGGGCAGCCCAUUCCAGUGUCCAAUGACUCUCUCAACAUUGUGACAGAGACAGCCCCAGUUCCUCCUAGCCAAGAGGUCCCAUGUGCUCCCUGCUCACAACAGGCUGUGCCAUGGCUUGUGAAGCAUUUAGGAUAAAAGAGUAGGAACUUUGACAUUUUUCUGCCCUGGAAAGAGGAAGAGAAAUCUUUUCCUUACCCAUGUUCAUGGGACCAUUGCAUGGCACAUUGCCCAGGGCACGCAGUCCAGGGCUGUAGCUGUGAUGCUUCUGAGUCAGGAUAGGGUCAGAAGCUUGAAUUUAGCCUGUUUUGGUCACAGGAAAUUUUCAGCUCCUCUGUGCAGGGUCUGAUGGUGAAAGUGCUUGGUGGUGAGCUUGUUUGGAGGGAAUAUGAGGAGGGCAGGCUUUGCAGUGCUUCUUCACUUUAUGUAGCAUCAACCUAACCACCUUAAAAGUAGAGAGCCUCUACUGCAAGAGCAGUCCUUGAGCUGGUACAAUUCAUGCUAACAAAUCCUGAGUGCCUCUGGCUGAAGGAAAGAUAAUUUUGGUUAUCUCCAGUUUUAUGAGUCACUGCAUAAACCCAAAUCAACACCCACAAAAACCCAAACUGUCCUGGUUUCACUGUUCAGAUUUAUUUUCUUAGUGAAUAUCUUACUUUUGUCCUGGGACUUGAUGUCACCUCCAUUAUGCUGCCUCAUGGACAAGACACUUCAGCGGCACAGAACCUGCCAUCCUUGCAUGGAGGGCUUGAAUCUGCACCAAGAUUUCUCUGGAUUGGACUGCCAAACAUUGGAGGUUUUUUUAUAUGGACUUGGGAUCCUAGAGAGGGUUAUAGAAGCAUAACAGACUGGGGAAACUGAGCGGUCUUUCAGCUGGAUUUUGGAAUAGAAAUCUCAAAAAGAGUCCAGUUCCCUUCCAAAAAUCUUAAGACAAUUGGUGAAGAGUGAAAGCUGAGGUUCAGUAGACACCUAGUACCUGAGCAAGGUCUAAGCAGCCAAAGGCUCAUGGUUUGGUCUGGGUUUGGGAUGGCCUUGUGGGCCGUCAUUUCAUCUCAGGUGGCAGGAUGCUGAAGGGAGAGCCUUAAAAAUAUGUCAUAUUUGCCAAUCCUGUUAUUGCUCCGGUUGGUCUGCAUUGGAUCUUGGCAGAUGUCGUAGGGACUAGACAGCCCUUUGGCUUCAGCUACAAACCAACCCCUUUAACCUGCCAUUCUCUGCAGAAGCAAAGGCACAAACUGGGUUUUCCACCUUCUCACCCCAUCCACCUCCCUUAGCCCCUCUGAAGUUGCAGAGACAGGGCUCCAAACUGGUAGUAAGCUUUGGAGACUGAAAGGAUAGCAAAGCAGAGAUGCCCUAACCAUCAAACCAAGGCUUUUCCCAGGAAUCAGUUAAAGCUGAACCUCACGUGAGAGAACAAAUCUGAGCAGGAAUUUGUAGAUGUGUCCUCUCACUGGUGGCACAUGUGUGCCCUAUCUGCGUUUCUAUUAAGAGGCUUUGUGUGUCUCCUGUUCUUCAUAAUUGCCAGUCAGAUGGAGUGUGUGGUGGGAACAGCGGUGGGAAGGAAGGAAGGCAGUGCAAAUGACCGGCUCCUUACUUGCAAAAGGUCUGGUGAUCCAUACUUCAGGACAUGCUGUGGUUCUUGGGCUGAGAGCUUUGAAUGAGGAGGUUUAUGAGUAACAGAUUUCCCUACAAAGCUGAAAGUCUUGCUCUAUCUAGAGUAGACAAGUAAUUUUCUUUCUUUUUUUUUAAUCCUUCUUUUCUAAUUGCUUUUGUUUGGGUUUUAUUAGUCCUGGUGAGAAAGCACAUGGGGAGAUUCAUGACUUCCUUGCAGUUUCCAGGGUCUUAUAUCUUACUUGCUUCCAGCAAGCUGGGUAGGUGCAGUUUGGUGGGUGGAUUUGGAUGGGACCCUGUCUGGUGGAUGAAAAAUGUGGUUGGCUUCUCUGUGCAUCAAGGGGGUCAGCUGUGGUCCUGCUCGCAGGCUCUAGCAGACAUUCCAGGGGAGGGGGACACUUCACUGCGUUCAGCUUCCAAUGAACUCCCAACUUCCCUGCUGUUUCUUUCUGUGCAACAAAGAACUGCAUAUUUUCCUUUCCAGCUCCAUGGGCAGCCACAGUAGUAUGUAGAUUAAGCCCAGAUGACUUUUUUGUUGUUGUUGUUGGUUUUAUUUUUGGUCUGAGCCAUAGCUAAGUUAUUAUACCCAAUGCUUUUUGUAUCAGAUGGCAUCACUUUGAAUAUGCAGAUGAGGUAGAGGAUCUUGACACUUUAUAACCUUUUUAAAAAAAAAAACUUGUCUGUUUACUUAUGUCAUGCAUAAAAAGGAAAAAAAAAAAGAAAAACUAAUGUAUGCCUUUUAGUAAUCACUUUUUUUGUUGCUGUUUUUGAGUUCUAUGAAAUUACAGUGGUUACACUCCAGCAGUGAAAUAAAGAGUUCACUGUUUUGUA